AUGAUUUUUUCUCAACAACACACUAGUAUUGAUCAUGAUGAUGAUCAUGAUCGUCCUCCUCCGUCCUUGGUGGCAGUCCCGGCGGUGUUCUUCAUGGCCGAGUCAAUCAAGAAGCAACUUCCGGCGAUGCCCUACAGUAGCUUGGUGGAGAAGAGUAGCACCAGAUCAUCAUCCUGCCUUACUAGUUGCAUUGUGUGUAUGAAUGAGAUAGAGUGCAAGGAAGAGGUUAGAGUGCCAAUCAACUGUCGCCACGUGUUCCAUAAAGAGUGUUUGGAUGCUUGGAUUGACCAGGGUCAACCUUCUUGCCCUCUUUGCCGAUCCAAGUUGUUGCCCUCGUCAGAAAAUCAUCAGGAUGAAGAUCAAGAUGGCCAUGAUCCAUGGAGGAAGGAGAGGAUGUUGUACCUUUUUGGAGACGAUUAUCUUUUUGAACAACACAAUUAA